GGCGGCUCGGUUGGCCACCCUGGCUGGCCGUCGGCCAACUCGCUGGCGGAACGGCGAGUCGGCGGCCAGUGUCUGGGACACCGAGGCUGGCGGGACACACGCAAAGAGCGAUGAGCUCCAGUGAGAGCCCUCGGGGCUCGGUGGGCAUCUAUGGUUGGCGGAAGCGGUGCUUGUACUUGUUGAUUGUGGUUCUGGUGGCCGUGGUGAUUGUCAACCUCUCACUCACCCUUUGGCUGCUCAAAGUCAUGCAAUUUUCCUCGGAUGGCAUGGGAAAGUUAAAAAUAGUCGAAGACGGCCUGCAGCUUCGAGGACGGGCGAUGGUGCUCGACGCGUUGGUCGCCUCGACGAUCCGCUCGCGUCCUGGAGCGCCGAUCAGCGUCGAUUCAUCGCACAACUUCUCCAUUAGCGCUAGAGACCACAUGGGCCGCACGGUCAGCAAGCUCCUCUUGGGGAGCGAUCAUCUCGAGUGCCUGGCGCGAGGCUUCAGGGUCACCGACUCCAAAGGUGAUGUACUUUUCUCGGCCACGAGGAGCGAGGUGGAGGUAGGGGCGGACAGCUUAAGGGUCACUGGCGGUGCCGUCUUUGAAGGGAGCGUCCAGACACCUGUUGUCCGGGCCGACUCUGGAUUUGAUUUGAGAUUAGAAUCCCCUACUAGAUCCCUUCAAGUAAAAGCGCCUCAGGGUGUCGCGAUCGAGUCGCGCGCUGGUGACAUUAGCGCUAGCUGCCUGACGGACCUGAAACUGCAGUCCGUCGCGGGCACGGUGCGACUGGAGGCUGCGAACGUGUUCCUGCCAGGGCUGCGCGAGGCGGGCAAAGGUGGUGCGCCGAGCGGACGCGUCAGCCAGGACGUGUUCCAGUUGUGCGCGUGCGCAAACGGCCGCAUUUUCCUUGCGCAGCCGGACGCCGUGUGCGCAGCGGACAGCGACGUGUGCCGCUGAUUAGUCUGACUCGUUCUUUGCCUAGAGAGAAACUGCCUGUUGAAGCGUCAAUUACGCCGCUGUUUUGAAUGAACUGCUAAUGAAUAAAUUUCACAUGUUGCGUUUGUGCAUGGUGAGGUGCGAUGGGUGACAUUGCGGUGCUUUUCACUUUUACUCGUGUGAUGAAUGAGUUGAUUGAUUAAGUGCAAUGUUUGUUAAUUCAGCAAGCCAAAAUUUUGUGACGCGCAUUUUAUCAAAAUACAAAAAUACCGACUGAGAUCUCACCAAAGAUGGUUGGAAACUUUGACAAACAGCGUUUACCGGGUGCGUUUUUUAAAAAAUGUUUGUACAUUUGUUUUUCGACAAACCUAGUUUUUUAAACGUGAAAAACUGUUUUGUUUUAACUGCUGGGAGCAGGUAAUUUGCAUAUUCAUAGAUACAAUUAUCUAAAAACGUGGUGCAUAAAUCACUGACAAUGGGGAAAAUAGAAGCUCAUGUUAUCGCAAAUAAACAAGCAAUAUAUUAAAA